AUGCCGCCCAAGCAGGCCAACAACGCCCGCGGUCGCCCACAGGCGGGCAGCAGUAGGCAAGCUGCAGCGGCGGUCGAAAAUUCGAGUGACGCCGCCGCCGCCUCGAGUGACCCGUUUGAGUCGGACGACGACUCGCCUCCCCGUCGCCGCCCACAGGCCGCCACGAGUCGUGAAGCAAAUAGCAGCCGCAGCGGAGGUGCGGCGGACGCGACCGCCGACAAGUCGAUUCCCAAGGACCUGCUCACACGCAUCCUGCACGACCUGUUUGAAAAGGACGCGACCCGGGUGUCGCGCGACGCCAACGCCGCGGUCGGCAAGUACGUUGACGUCUUUGUGCGCGAGGCGAUUGCGCGCGCGGCGGUGGAGAAGAGAUCGGGAUUCCUCGAGGUGGAGGAUCUGGAAAAGAUUGCACCGCAACUUUUGCUGGAUCUUUGA